UGCUGCCGGUGCGGCCGCUGCCGCCGGUACCCCCGGAGCCGCCGCCCUCCCUUUCCGCCCCGCGACCCCGCUCUCCGGGCGGCCCCGCGCCCCUCGGCGGGCGGCACCGGGCAGCGCGGCCGCCUGGCACCGCGGCGGGCAGGCAGCGCACCGAGCGCUGUGCGCGCACAGCGCGGGAGGCCCCCGGCGGCGCCGCCCGCCGUGCGCGGGCCGGGACCGGUGCCGGGAGCGGGGCCGGUGCCGGGAUCGGAACCGGGACCGGGAGCGGGAUCGGGAUCGGGAUGCGGCUGCAGUGCGAGGUGGAGGUGCUGAGCCGGCUCCUGCCCAGCUGCGGGCUGCGGGGCCGCGGCCGCGCGGCGCGGGCGCUGGUGUCGCUGGGGCGGCCGCCCGGCGCGGCCGGAGCCGGGAUUUACCUCAUGGUGUGCACGGCGCGGGACCGCGGCGGGGCUCGCUACAAGGUGCAGCAGAACGUGGAGCGGCUCUUCACGCGCUUCGUGGAGGAGGGCAAGGCCACGGUGCGGCUGCGGGAGCCCGCGGUGGAUCUGUGCCUCAGCAAGCCGUGAGACUGGCUCACCAAGGCAACGACACCGGAGUCCUCCCUCUCUCACCUCUGGUCCCAGCAAAGAACUCCGACGUGGAGAAGCCCAAAACCAAAAUGAUCAUCACCUCCAGGAGGGAUUACCCCCUCACCAAGAGCUUCCCUUUCUCCCUGGAGCACCUGCAGACCUCGUACUGCAAGCUGGCCAGGAUCGACAGCCGGGUGCUGUGCCUGAAGAAGCUGCGCAAGCUGGACCUGAGCCACAACCACAUCAAGCAGCUGCCGGCCACGCUGGGCGACCUGGUGUGCCUGCAGGAGCUCGACCUGCGCGACAACCACCUGGAGGCCUUCAGCGCGGCGCUGUGCAGCUCCGGCCUGCAGAAAUCCCUGCAGCUGCUGGACCUGAGCCAGAACCAGAUCCAGGCGCUGCCGCUGGAGUUCUGCCAGCUGCGGGGCCUGGUGCAGCUGCGGCUGGACGACAACGCGCUGCUGCGCCUGCCCUGCCGCAUCGGGCAGCUGAGCCGCCUGCGCUGCCUGUCGGCCGCGCGCAACAAGCUGCCCUUCCUGCCCUCCGACUUCAGGAAGCUCUCCCUGGACAACCUGGAUCUCUUUGGCAAUCCUUUCGAGCAGCCCAACCCGCUGGUGCCCAACAUCCAGCUGAAGAUCCCCCUGACUCUGCUGGAGUGUGCUGCCAGGGCCACCGUCAAUCACAGGAUCCCUUACGGCUGCCACCUGCUCCCUUCCCACCUGUGCAAGGACCUGGAGGUGGCCAAGACGUGUCGCUGCGGGAGCGCGUGCCUGAGCAGCUUCAUCCAGAUCACGGUGACCAUGAACCUGCACCACGUGGCGCACACCGUGGUGCUGGUGGACAACAUGGGCGGCACCGACGCGCCCGUGCUCUGCUACUUCUGCUCCCUGCACUGCUACUCCCAGUUCCUGGACAGGCACCUCCAGAGCCACGGCUGACAGCAGGCACGGCGGGGCUGUGGGCACGGAGCAGCUGCUGGCACCCGUGGUGCCACCGCAGACAGAUCCCGCUGGGACGGAGGGGACGCGGCCUGGCCUGGCCUGGCAUGGCAUGGCUCUUGUGCCCUUUG